UCGCACACUUGCUUGCACUGUUGCGCACCGCCACCCGCCACUGCGGCAUCGCCCGAGCUCCUUCCUCUCCCAGUCUUCUCCGUUCUUCCACCACUCUCCCCCGGUGGCCCGGUGGAUCGGAAACCGCAAGGGCACCCUCACCUGCGGCUGCAAGGCCACUACAGGCUGGUACCAGCAUCUUCGCGGUGAUCGCCAUGCCUCCGGUUGCGACGGCGUCUGCUCCGAGCUCGCUUCUUCCGCUGCGCGUCGCACGCCAGGGGAUUAGAGGAGGACAAUGCUGGGGAGAACGAUCUCUAUGCGGUUCACAGUCUCACAGGGCUAUACGCGGCUCCAAAAUUUCUGCUAGAGCUUCUAUGAAUAUAACCUGCUGUGCAAACCAGACACAAACCGCGCAACGCAAAUCGUAUUCAGGACCUACCUCUCCACCAUCAGGUUCAGUGAAAGAAAAGGUGAAGCCAAGGCUUGAUGAUGGGGGUGUCGGGUUCCCGCCGUUCCGGUUCGGUGGCGGUGGAGGAGGAGGAGGCGGAGGGGGCAGCAACUCCUCCGGUGGGUUCAUCCUCUAUGUGAUUGUCUUGCUCCUGGAUUACCUGAGGGAGUUUGAGAGGAACCUGCAGAACGGGUCACGGAGGGGUAGUGACUAUGAGAACGGGCUGGCCCCACAAUAACUUGCUCCCUCUCAGUUGUUCAAAAACAAAACAGAGAAGAGCAUGUUGUAAUGCGGAGACAUUUCGGCUAGGGAAUGUAUCGAAAGACUGAGAAUUGUUCUUUGAGAAAUGAUAGCGAGAAGUAGAAACUUUAGCCA